CUUGUCAGCACAUGCAUUCCACUUUCCACUACCAAAUCGACUUUGGACCCCAAAUUUUACCUCACCUACAAGAAAAGCACAGCCCACCUUCCAUAAAUUUCAUAAGCUUCUCUCCCUGCAACGCCAAAACUCUGAUCUAGAACAAGAUAACAAGUUCCAUGUCACUAUACACUGCAUAGUAUCAUACAUAAGUCGCUUCAUCACUUACACUCUCUCCACUCUCUCACCCUAGUGAUCCAGCACUGAGCCUGUUUCCUUUCAUUAUCUUUUCUUUUCGAUCCAAAGCAAGCAAUACAACCCCAUCCCUUGUCUUCUCCCAAUUCACAAUUCACGCAAUACCCAUGAAUCUGACAUCUCCCUCCACAAAAUCUUCCUUGAUUGUAUCGUUUUAAAUUGUUCUUCACCCGUUGUAAUCUCUUCUCUAGAAUAAUUAACUUGAGAAGAGAAGAUGAGAGCCGGAGGUUGUACAGUGCAACAGGCUCUAACUGCGGAGGCGGCCGGCGUGGUGAAACAAGCAGUAACCCUUGCUAGGCGGCGUGGACAUGCCCAAGUCACUCCUCUACAUGUAGCCAACACCAUGCUCGCCGCUACAAAUGGCCUGCUCCGAACCGCUUGUCUUCAAUCCCACUCCCACCCCCUCCAGUGCAAAGCCCUAGAACUUUGCUUCAACGUUGCCCUCAACCGCCUUCCAGCCUCCACAUCCAGUCCCAUGCUGGGUCCUCAUUCCCAACAUCCUUCCAUCUCCAACGCAUUGGUUGCUGCCUUCAAGCGGGCUCAGGCCCAUCAGCGACGCGGCUCUAUUGAGAACCAGCAGCAACCUCUUCUAGCAGUUAAAAUAGAGCUAGAGCAGCUCAUAAUCUCUAUUUUAGAUGAUCCUAGUGUGAGUAGAGUCAUGAGAGAAGCUGGGUUCUCCAGUACCCAAGUGAAAAGCAAUGUAGAGCAAGCUGUCUCCUUGGAAAUCUGCUCUCAAGCUCCAUCCGUGAGUAGUAAGUCCAAGGAAAGUAACCUUCUAGUCCUGUCCCAGUCUCCUCCCAUGGGUCAAAUUGGAGUAAAGCUAGGCAAACCAACGGUGCCAGAUCCAGUCAGGAAUGAGGAUGUGAUGAGUGUAAUAGAGAAUCUGAUGAAUAAAAGGAGGAAAAAUACUGUGAUUGUUGGAGAGUGUCUGGCGACUAUCGAGGGUGUAGUUAGAGGGGUGAUGGACAAAGUUGACAAGGGAGAUGUUCCAGAGGCUUUGAGAGAUGUUAAGCUUAUAAGCCUUCCUCUCUUCUCUUUUGGACAUCACUCCAGAGAAGAGGUCGAACAGAAGCUCGGGGAGCUCAAGAGCCUUGUGAAGAGUUGCGUGGGAAGAGGGGUUAUUUUGUAUUUGGAAGAUCUUAAAUGGACUACGGAUUAUAGAGCUAGUUCUAGUGAGCAAGGGAGGAACUAUUAUUGUCCCGUGGAGCACAUGAUCAUGGAGCUUGGGAAAUUGGUUUGUGGAUUUGGGGAGAACGGAAGGUUUUGGCUCAUGGGAAUCGCAACUUUCCAAACUUACUCGAGAUGUAGAACUGGCCAUCCAUCGCUGGAGACUAUUUGGAGUCUACAUCCUCUUACAAUUCCUGCAAGCAGCUUGGCCUUGAGUCUCAUGCCUGACAGUGAUCUACAAAGUCAGUUCAGUAGCAAAAAGGCUGGAAGUGGGACCAGUAAUUGGCUUAUGCUUGAAGGUGGAGCGGAGAAGCAGCUUACUUGCUGCGCUGAUUGCUCAGCCAAUUUCGAGAAUGAAGCUCGAAGCAUACCAACCAGCACUUGUAACAGUGAUUCCACAACUUCAACCCUUCCAACAUGGCUCCAACAGUACAAAGAUGAGAACAAAAAACUUUCCCGUAAUGAUCAGGACUGUGUAGCAGUCAGAGAUCUCUGCAAAAAAUGGAAUUCUAUUUGCAGUUCUGCCCACAAACAACCCCACUCAUCUGAGAAAACCCUAACAUUCUCUUCUCUUUCACCUUCUUCCUCUACUUCUGGCUUUUCAUAUGACCAGCAAUAUCCUAAUUUGCACCAGACCCACCAAGGUUGGCCAGUGGUUGAACGCAAACAGUCCUGGAGGGACAAUCAUUUCUGGGUUUCCGAAGCUCUUAACAAAACCUAUGAACCCAGUUUGAGAAUGUACAUUCCGGAGCAUUCUGAUCGCAAAUAUGCGUCGAACCCUAAUUCUACCCCUAAUUCGGCCUCUUCAAGCGAUGUCAUGGAAAUGGAGUACGUUCAAAGGUUCAAGGAGCUCAACGCUGAGAACCUGAACACUCUAUGCAAUGCAUUGGAGAAAAAGGUCCCAUGGCAGAAAGAUAUAAUUCCUGACAUCGCUAGCACGAUCUUACAAUGCAGGUCUGGAAUGGUAAGACGCAAAGGAAAGUUCAAAAAUAGCGAGACCAAAGAAGAAACAUGGUUUUUCUUCCAAGGCGUUGAUAUGGAUGCUAAAGAGAAGAUUGCGAGAGAAUUGGCUAGACUUGUUUUCGGCUCCCAGAACAACUUCGUUUCAAUUGCUCUGAGCAGCUUCUCAUCUACAAGGGCGGAUUCAACAGAAGAUCUCCGAAAUAAGAGAUCAAGAGAUGAGCAAAGCUGCAGUUACAUCGAGAGGUUCGCUGAGGCAGUGGGCAGUAAUCCACACCGGGUAUUCUUAGCGGAAGAUGUGGAGCAAGCGGAUUACUGCUCCCAAAUGGGUAUCAAAAGGGCCACAGAAAGAGGAAGAAUAACCAGUUCGAAUGGAGAAGAAAUCAGCCUGAGCGACGCAAUCAUCAUUUUGAGCUGUGAAAGCUUCAGCUCGAGGUCUAGAGCCUGCUCACCUCCAAUCAAACAAAAAUCAGAUGAGUUCGAAGAGGAGAAAGGUGGAGGUGGGGGUGAGGAGACAAGCCCUUGUGUGUCUUUGGAUUUGAAUAUUUGCAUUGAUGAUGACGGCGUUGAGGAUGAAUCAAUCGACGACAUCGGACUUCUUGAAUCAGUGGAUAGAAGGAUUACUUUCAAAAUUCAGGAGUUAUAACUUUUCUUUUUUAAUGUAGUUAUGUUCUCAGGUGGUUUUUUUGUUUGAGAAUCACUUUGUGGAACUUGUCUUUGGAUUCUCAAACAUUCCAAAGGGAUGGAGAUGGAGAUGGAGAUGGAGAUGAAAGAAAAGGAGUUGCCCACUUAAUUUAUGUAAAACCACAUGUAUAUUAUCAACCAUCUUCCUGUAAUAGGUCAUAGAUUUCCAUCACUUUUCUUCUCUUUGGCUUUCUCGCUGGUUCAGCAAUAGCAUUUACUUUAUUUUA